AUGAGAGAUAGUUCAAAAGAUAAGCUUAGAUCUAAGUGCGCACAAGGACGUGCUGCCUGGUUGGAAAGAGGACGAAAAUGUAGCGUUCAGGAAGAAACUGCUUCCACACACAACCGUUACAAGCCGUGGAUACAAAGAAAUAGGGUUCAGGAUGUUUCGCUUGCCGGUUCAUCGGACGACGAUGACAUCAUCAGUGUGAUACGUGGCCCGAGCACUUUUGCAAAUGCCUUUCUCUACAUUGGUUUUGGUACGAUUGCACUUGGACUGGUGAUAGCGUUUGUGGGCACCGGAGAAAAGGGUUUUAAAACGACAGAAUUAAGACUUAUAGGUCCGAUUAUGAUAGUUGUCGGUUUUGUAUUUAUGGUAUUACGGAUCUUUUUUUGCAUUUGUCCAUCGAGUUGUAUACGACGUAACAAGGACGAGCGAAAACGGAAGAAAAACGAAAAAGACAAGAAUGAUGCGGAUCACAGGACUUCCCUACUGCGAGACAAGAGAGUUUCAAUAGCACGAACGCCAAUGGGUCCUCAUAGUAGCCAGCCAAAACUAUCUCGAUCAAACACCAAGUCAAUAGUUAAGACUAAAACGUACGAGGGUGUCGAAGCUCUCCGUCAAAUUGCUACAACGUCGCUGUUCCUGCAAAACGAAACGGAGACGACGCCUGUAGCGGAAAACAGUAGUUCUAGUUCUAAUACAAGAAAUAAGACGAGUAACAAUAAAAAUAUUAGUAAGUUAGCGACAAGUUUGGUUGUGCCGACAAUUAAAGAGCCGGACAAACAAGAAGUCGACGUGGAACUGAAACGUAUUAAUAGUAUAGACAUAGACACACUUAACGUAAUUGAUAAUACUGCAACAUCACCCAUCGAUCCACAUCCAUUCGAUCCAAAUGACGACUAUGGCAAUGAGAGCUAUAGUGAUGAGGAUGAAGAGGAACAGGAUGAUAACGAUAGCAAAAAACUAAUUGAAAGUGAUAAUGAAACUAGCAAUAGCAAAAAAGUGUCGGUGUCGGCAUCGAAUAGCAGGACGUCGUCAAUAAAGCAUUCCGAUAGUGUUCAUCAUCGCCGUAGCGGCAGUAGUAAAUUAUCACGUCAACGACUCUCAAUAAACAAUCAAAAAGUCUCACCUUCAACAACAACAACCAGCGGCGCCUUAAUACCAUCACCAACACCUUCUCAGCUCUCGACCGACAGUGGCAAAGUCAUGGAAACCUCGCUAAUGGUUCUUCCCGUUUCCGUAGUUUCGACCGCAACCACGACGUGUGCCACGCCAUCCGCCUCGUCCACGCACGUGCUAACGCAUCAAACAUCAUCCACAAGUAGUACAACCAGUGUAAGUAGUAGUCCAAGUACUGUGAUAUCUAUACCGCAAUUAAUGCAAGGCGCGACGUCAUCCGCGUCGACAAAACCGCCGCCGCCGCCCUCUUACGUUCCGUGCUCGAGCAAAGCGACGACCACAUCCAAAUUUACGUUCAACUUACUGUCACCGCCGCCGCCAGCAGCAAGUAGUUCGAGCAAAAGUAGCAGCAGUGGGUCUCACUUCGAUUUCAGUAGAGCGACAACGACACUCUUGCAACCGCUCACGUCGGCGACAGCAUCAGGGACGACAACCGCAUCAUCAACGUCUUCACGAAGCAACGGAUCAACGCACACAAGACAAGUGGCUGCUUCAACUUCUUCAUCUACUUCGACAGCUGAUACAUCGGAAAUAGUGCUAAGUCCAGCGAAAUUAGGACAACAAUAACAGUAGUUUUAAGCUUAGAUCAUAAGACCUUAGGAUAUGAAAAGAAAAUUAUUAGUUAUCACGAAGCAAAAGACCGAAAUGCGAUUUCAA